AUGAAUAAAUUUUAUAUUCAAAUCGCUUUAUUUAUUUUAAGCAUUUUCGCAUAUGCAAAUAAUGAAGCCCUUGCAGCUGACCCUGAUCUAAAAAAAGUUACCCAAAAAGUUCCCAAAAAAUUUAAUACAAUCAGAUCAAGAGGUUGUUAUCUUAGUUCAGAAGAAAUAUAUGAAAAAUGCAAGUACUUAUCAUGUCGCAGUCGCAACCCUACACGAGUGAUCAAUAUUAUGAACGAUGCUGUAAAACAGUUAGAAUACUAUGCUACAACCAAAGAUGGUUAUGAACCAUAUUUAAAAAAUCCUAAUGAUAAAACAUCGUAUUAUGUAAAAAAAUUUGACAAUCAGACGAAUAUUGAUAAAAUUCAAUAUACAAUUACUGGUUCGGAUAAGUAUGAUGAAACAGUAGACACGUUGUGGGAUUCCGGUGUCCCCAAUAUUUUCAACGAAGACGUUCCUAAAAUUCUCCAUAUGUACGGUCCAAAUUUACUAGUUAUACGAGAACGUUUCAAAAGUAUGCAUGAGGGUCGUGAUAAAUAUUUUUAUGCUUUAGUUACCAAGGUUGAAAUAUCAAAAUGCAAAACUAUAAUUGCCAUGACUUCAAUAAAUGGAAUUGAUAAUAUCCCUUCCAAAAAAUAUAACAACCCAAUAAUAAAAAAAGCAAGUUUAUUCAAUAUUUACAUGAAAUCUAAAGAUGAUAUUAAAAAAGAAAGUUUAUUAAAUACUUCCACAAAACCUAAAGAUGAUAUUAAAAAAGAAAGUUUAUUAAAUACUUCCACAAAACUUAAAGAUGAUAUUAAAAGUGGAAAAUUAGAACAAAUAUUUGUGAACUUAGCUGGAUACCUCAUUGAAAAAAAAAGAAAUAAUGUUGAAGUCACCUAUAUCGAAUCUAUUCAGGGAUAUUCUUCCAUUGAACAAAAGUGA